UUGAGUUUGAGAUCUAAAGUUUUAAACUUUACUUGCAAUUUGUUUCUAUUGUUUCUUUCAUUCUUCAAUUCGUGUGGCAUUUGUGUUUUCUUGUGCUGGGUUGAUUUUCGAGAAUUGACCUACAUUAGAUCUGAGAUUGUAUUGUUUUCGAAUGUUUCAUUUUUGGUUUUUAUUUUGUUAGGGGGAGCUGGCGGAGUACAACAUUAUGCUGAGACGUUCAGCUCUAGCUUUAUUUUUUUAGAUUUCGUUUUUUUUAUUAUUAUUAUUAUUAUUAUUAUUAUGGUUUUUGGUUCUGGGUUUGUAAAGAGAGAAUUAGGAUAGGAGGAGCUGAGGCGAGGUUCAAGUUAUGAAGUUUGCUUGUUUUUGUUUUGUUUUUGGAGAAAUUAAAAAUGGUGGAGUUGAAGUGAAUUUUUGAGCUUCUCGGAGAAUCCCGCGUGGUUGUAUUCUCAUGAGGGGGAGGAGCUCUGAGCAACAUGAUUGAUCAGUUCAUCAAUUUUGUCAUUCGGCCCCCCAGGGCAGAUUAUAACCCAGAUCAGUAUUUAUGGGAAAGAGAUUUCACUCUUGCAGGCAGAUCAUACAAAAGACAGGACUUGGAGCUUAGGAAUGUAAGGGGUCAUGCCUUGCAGUGUAGUCAUUAUAUGCCAUCAGUUUUCCCGGAAGAUACUCCUUUGCCUUGUGUCAUAUACUGCCAUGGAAACAGUGGAUGUAGGGCAGAUGCUAAUGAGGCUGCUGUCAUUCUUCUUCCAUCAAAUAUUACUGUUUUUACCCUUGAUUUUUCUGGUUCGGGCUUAUCUAAUGGUGACUACGUUAGCCUUGGUUGGCAUGAGAAAGAUGACCUCAAAGUUGUGGUUUCAUACUUAAGAAGCAACAAACAAAUAUCACGUGUAGGUCUUUGGGGACGAUCUAUGGGUGCAGUCACUAGCCUUCUUUAUGGAGCGGAAGAUCCUUCAAUUGCUGGAAUGGUGUUGGAUAGUGCCUUUUCUGACCUGUUUAAUCUAAUGAUGGAACUCGUAGACGUAUACAAAAUCCGGCUUCCUAAAUUCACUGUUAAGAUGGCAGUGCAGUACAUGCGGCGGGUGAUUCAGAAGAAGGCAAAGUUUGAUAUUAUGAAUCUUAACUGCUUAAAGGUUGCACCCAAAACAUUCAUUCCUGCCUUAUUUGGACAUGCUAAUGAGGACAAAUUCAUUCAACCCCACCACUCUGACGAUAUCUUUAACUCCUAUGUGGGGGAUAAGAAUAUCAUAAAAUUUGAUGGUGACCACAACUCAUCUCGACCACAAUUUUAUUAUGAUUCAGUUUCCAUUUUUUUCUUCAAUGUCCUUCACCCUCCUCAAAUUUCUUCUGCCUGUCCAAGCAAGGUUGAGAAAUAUUAUGAUCUAGGGGACUUAAAGGUUGGUGCUGGUAUGGAUGAGAGCCUGUUGUAUGAGAUCAUUACUGGUCUUCGCUCUGCAAGUACAGAUGCUGCAAGUUCUUCUACACAUCCAAUCAUUUUAGCCACAAAACCUGUGAAUGAACUUCUUUCUGCAGUUGGCCCAGUCACUAGUAUAGAUUCCUUGGUUAUUGAUGAUAAUGGCCUCGGUGAUGAGUCAUCAAAUUUACAGGAUAAGCUGAACGGCCAAAAUGAUGAAUGUUGCUCAUAUACUAGCUCAAAUAGGGAGAGUUGGGGAAGAUGCUCUUCUUUGGGAGGCAGUGAUGAAGAAUCUUCUGCGGACUGUGCAGCUGCUGACAGGAGACAUCAGACAACUCUUGAGGCACUUGCAACACCUGUUAGAAGCAAACAAAAAAAAUCAUCGGACUCUUCGAAGGAGGAAAAGAAAAAGAAGAAAGCAGCAGAUGGAAAGAAGCCUAAACGUGAGAAAUUUGAAAAACUUGAGGCCCUUAGCAAAAGACUUCGCCUUUGCUUAUUGCGGCGAGUUAAACAUCAGAGGCAUCUCUCUUCAUGACCUACCUUGUACCAUAGAAAGCUGUUUAUAACUCAUGUAAUGUUCCAUUUAUCUCAAGUUUUUCCUUUGUUUUAUAUUAACCCAUUCCACGGUUGAAAAGAGGCAUGAGUUUCUGGGUGCCAUCCUAUGUCAUCACUUGGGGCUUCACUGGCCAUGUAUGUAGUUUCUUUCUCUCCAUGCAUGUCAUUGCUGGACAUCAUGCUCAUGCACUAAAUUGUAGAAUUUCCUCUUCUUUUUUUGUUGUCCCAAUCCCUCUUUUCAUAUUUCUGUACAAAGUACACCUACCAUAUCCAAGUGAGUUUUUAGUGUGAUGGGUGUAUGUGCACCUAUCUAAUCACCUGGCAUGCGUAGGCCAUAUAUGCCAGCCAUGCUGACAUGGUCUGUUGAGAUGCGUCCAAUCUACUGAAGACUUUUCAUUCAAAGAAAGUAGAAACUAUAAGAAUGUGAAGAUGAAAAUCCUGUCGCAUUUUUCUUUGGUCUUAAUCGACUGGACUUGCCAAAUUAUGUAAUUAGUAUACAUUAUCAUUUAUCAAUCGCCCAUAUGUUGUGAA